AUGGACAUCGAAGCAUAUUUUGAAAGAAUUGGUUAUAAGAACUCUAGGAACAAAUUGGACCUGGAAACAUUAACUGACAUUUUUCAGCACCAGAUCCAGACCAUUCCCUUUGAGAACCUUAACAUCCAUUGUGGGGAACCCAUGGAAUUGGGCUUGGAGGCCGUUUUUGAUCAAAUUGUGAGGAAGAAACGUGGUGGGUGGUGUCUCCAGAUCAACCAACUUCUGCACUGGGCUCUCACCACAAUGGGUUUUGAGACCACAAUGCUGGAAAGCUAUGUUUACCACGUUGUAGCUGAAAGAUACGGCAGGGCUCCCAUGCACCUCCUGCUGAUGGUGACUGUGGGUGGCAGGAAAUACAUAGUUGAUACUGGGUAUGCGAGCUCUUUCCAGAUGAGGCAGCCUCUCGAGUUAAUAUCUGGGAAGGAUCAGCCUCAGUUGCCUUGCAUCUUCCGCUUGACAGAAGAGGGAGGAACCUGGCACCUGGACCAAAUCAGAAGAGAGCAGUACAUUCCAAACCAAGAAUUCCUUAAUUCUGAGCUCCUGGAAAAGAAAAAGUACAGAAAGAUCUACUCCUUUACCCUUGAACCUCGAACAAUGGAAUAUUUUGAGCAUCCGAAUUCAUACUUUCAGACAUCUCCAGCAUCUGUGUUUGUAAAAGACACUUACUGUAUCAUUCAUACCCAAGAUGGAGUUUACUGCUUAGUGGGUUUUACUCUCAUGCAUCGAAGAUUCAGUUACAAGGACAACAUGGAUCUGGUGGAGUUUAAGACACUGAAUAUGGAAGAAGUACAGGAAGAGCUGAAAAAGAUAUUUAAUAUUUCCUUGGAGAAAAAGUUUGUGCCCAAACAUAGUGAAACUUUUUUUACCAUUUAG